AUGCUGAACCAAGACGACUCACUAUCCCUGAUCGACAAAUUCCCCCGGGCCGAGUAUUGUUGCUCCAGUGUGAAUGUUAAGAGUGGGACGAAACUAAUUGCUAUUCUGGGGAUCCUGAUCGGAUUAUCAUGUGGAGCCUUAUUACUGAUGCAGGGCAGAAAACAGCUGUCAGGAGUUGAAGUGAUGCUCAUGGUCUUCAUAGCCCUGUUCACACUGGUCACACUUGCUUUUGUGAUCGUGUCCGUGGUUUUACUUUUAGCAGCAGUAGAUGAAAAUCCUUCACUAAUGUCAUAUUACACCUGGCUCGCAAUAAUAUACUUGGGUGUACAGCUAGUUCUAGCAAUAAUUGUACCGGUGCUAUUGGUAGUCAGUGGAAAAUAUCACACUGGAGGAGCAUUGAUAUGGAUGGGGAUUGUGACCGUAGUUGGUCUGGGGUGGACGCAUUUCAUAUCUGUGGUCAGCUCGUACAGAAUGAGUUUGCUUUGAGGGCUUAAUAAAGGCUGGG